AGAACGGGAGAAAGUACAGCAGCCACAAAGCAAAUGCUUGGAGAGAGUGUGGGAGCUGGAACAGAGAGAGGACAGGAGCUGCCUUGUCUACAUCAGGAGACCACGAAGUGGUGCAGAUACAGAAACUGGGUGAUCGCUGUCUCCUGGAUUUAGCAGUUAAGACCUGGAACAAGCUGAAUGAGAUCGCUUUAACUGAAAGCUUCAAACUAAAAAUGAUUCCAACCAUUUCUUUAUUGAUUAUAACUUUGCACCUUUUGAGUCAGUACAGCUCCUGUCAGCAACUGGUUACUGGCGAAGUUGGGCGACGAAUGCUUACUCAGAUGAGGGAAACAAACCAGGAACUGGCAGAAAUCAAGCAUCUCCUAAAACAGCAGAUAAAGGAGAUCAUCUUUCUGAAGAAUACGUUGGCAGAAUGUAAUUUUUGUGGUCUCCAAAGUGAAUGGCAGCACGAGACAAUCACUGUUUACCCAUUUGGGAGGUGUGAUCCCAAUCCGUGCUUCCCUGGGGUUCAAUGCUCAACAACAUUCAAUGGAUUUCGCUGUGGGCCCUGCCCUAGUGGCUUCACAGGGAAUGGAACACACUGUACUGAUGUGGACGAGUGCCAGACACAUCCCUGCUACCCUGGGGUCCGAUGCAUUAACAUGUCUCCUGGUUUUCAAUGUGACCCCUGCCCAGAUGGCUACACUGGCCCAAGAAUCCAGGGAGUUGGAGAGACAUUUGCCAGAACACACAGGCAGAUUUGCCGCGAUAUCAAUGAGUGUGAGAAUAGUGUCAAUGGUGGCUGUGACCCAAAUUCAGAUUGCAUCAACACUCCGGGAUCAUUUCGGUGUGGCCCAUGUAAGGCUGGCUAUGUCCGAGAUCAGAACCGGGGCUGUCGUUUGGAGAGGAGCUGCCCCAAUGGAGCGAGAAACCCCUGCCAUGAGAGAGCAGAGUGCAUUGUCAGCCGUAACAACAAGAUUACUUGUGUUUGUGCAGUCGGAUGGGCUGGAAAUGGCUACAGAUGUGCAAAGGACACAGAUAUCGAUGGGUUUCCGGACGUGACACUUGAGUGUCCUGAAAGAAACUGCCGCAAGGAUAACUGUAUGACAGUGCCAAACUCUGGGCAGGAAGAUGCUGAUGGAGAUGGUGUUGGAGAUGCCUGUGAUGAUGAUGCAGAUGGAGAUGGAGUUCCAAACCUUGAGGACAACUGCAUUUUGGUCCCAAACAUCGACCAAAGAAACACAGAUCAGGAUAUGUUUGGAGAUGUGUGUGAUAACUGUAGACUCAUCAUUAAUAAUAAUCAGCAGGACAUUGAUAAUGAUGGAAAAGGAGAUGCAUGUGAUCAGGACAUGGAUGGAGAUGGAAUAAGGAACAGUUUAGAUAACUGUGAGCAAGUUCCAAACCAGGAUCAGCUGGACCGUGACAGUGAUGGGGUUGGAGAUGCCUGUGACAGCUGCCCCAACAUCAGAAACCCGGAUCAGUUGGAUGAUGACAAUGACCUUGUAGGUGAUUCCUGUGAUACCAACACAGACAGCGAUGGUGAUGGGCACCAGGACAGCAGAGAUAAUUGCCCGACAGUCAUUAAUAGUGCCCAGCUAGACACAGACAGGGAUGGAGUGGGUGAUGAAUGUGAUGACGAUGAUGAUAAUGAUGGAAUUCCUGAUCAUGUCUCCCCUGGACCAGACAAUUGCCGACUUGUAGCUAAUCCAACACAGGAAGAUUACGAUAGUGAUGGGCUGGGAGAUGCGUGUGAAGGAGAUUUUGAUGAUGAUAAAGUCAUUGAUGUUAUCGACGUUUGUCCCGAAAAUGCUGAGAUUGCACUCACUGAUUUUCGAGCCUAUCAGACGGUGAUCCUGGAUCCAGAGGGAGAUGCGCAGAUUGACCCAAACUGGGUUGUCUUAAACCAGGGGAUGGAGAUUGUGCAGACAAUGAACAGUGACCCAGGUCUCGCAGUUGGUUACACAGCCUUUAAUGGGGUGGAUUUUGAAGGAACAUUUCAUGUUAACACAAUGACAGAUGACGACUAUGCUGGGUUUAUCUUUGGCUAUCAAGACAGCUCCAGUUUCUACGUGGUUAUGUGGAAACAGACAGAACAAACCUAUUGGCAAGCUAAUCCCUUCAGGGCUGUGGCAGACCCUGGAAUCCAGCUCAAGGCAGUGAAAUCUCAGACUGGCCCAGGGGAACACUUGCGGAAUGCCCUCUGGCACACAGGAGAUACCAGCAAUCAAGUCAACCUUUUGUGGAAAGACCCUAGGAAUAUUGGGUGGAAAGACAAGACUUCAUAUCGCUGGUUCCUGCAACAUCGUCCCCAAGUUGGGUACAUCAGAGUCCGACUAUAUGAAGGACCAAAGAUUGUGGCAGAUUCAGGGGCAGUCAUUGACACUACGAUGCGUGGAGGGAGACUCGGAGUCUUCUGCUUCUCGCAGGAAAACAUCAUCUGGGCAAACCUACGCUACCGCUGCAAUGACACAAUUCCAGAAGAUUUCCACCCAACACAACUUCAGAACCGAUUUUGAACACUCAACUCUGAACCCAGAAAACGCUUUUAGAACUUACCAACUCUAGCAAGUGACAACAUCUCAAACUUUCAAAAACAAUGCUAGAACUUCUCCCACCAAGUUAGAUGAAAACAACCACCAAAACACCUGGACCCUCAAUGGAUGAUGGCAAGUGCAGGGUCUUAAAGCCUUUCGUGAUCAAUGGAUUGAACAAAUUCUUGUCAGUAUUAAGAUGGCCAAUCAAUUGUCUGACUCAUUGCAAUUUGUUUCUUGUCAUUUGGUCUUUGGGAUUUAGGAAAUAGACAUUUGUAGAUUUUAGAUCAGAGCAAUUUAGUAUAAAGGAAGAUCAAGAAUUUGUGAAAUUGAGAUUAUUAGCUUUGGCCAGUGUUGAAUAAGCAAGUUAGGUGUACUUUAAUGAUUCUGUCAUUUGUGCUGGCUUACAGGCACACUUAGUCCCAGGGUUAUUUCUCUGCUUAACAUCUGUUCCUCCUGGACGUAACAACUUGGUGAAACAUUUCUCCUUAUUUUCCCCAGUAGAUUUAUUUUCCAAUUAUUUUGGUCGUUGAUAUUUAGAUUCGAGUUCCUUUAUUAAUACUUUCAAAGCCUUUCACCAUCUUGCAAACAAGAGAUAACCUCUAACCCUUCUUUACUCCAAGAACAGUCUUAAUGUGUCACUAGUCUAACAACUUAAGUCCCACUUUAUUGGUAAAUUUUAGUGAACAUUUUCCACACGCUUUUGAUGAAGUUAGUAUUUUUCUUAUAUGUGGCACCCAGAUAAAAAGUCAUUAAGAUACUGCCAAGCCUUCAGUUAUUCACGAUCAUUUAAACCAAAUUCCAAUCCUACCCACUUGUUACAUUUGUAGAGGAUUACAUGCAAGAAUAAUAACAAUAGUCAAUAAUUGAACAUGUGAGCAAGGAUUGUCCAACAGACUGACAAUGUUUAACCAUUGCAUCAUUUCUAAAUAAUCCUGCUUAUAGCUGACUAUCACAACCUAUAUAGACGCUAUAAACCAAAGUUGACAGAUAUAACCAAUAAUAUAUAGCAUUUUGAUUCAAUACAAAGAUUGUCUGAAUAAAAUGUAUCUUGAAUUUGUAAAAACUAGUGAGUCAAGAUUAUUUCUUCGUAAAUGUUUGAUACAGGACCUAGCAUGAUGAGAUGGCCUUUUGCAUGUACGAUUCCAGGAGUGAGAAAAAUGUAUCACAUUUUUUACAACUCAAAUAUCUGUCAUAUUUAUUAUUCUGAAAGAGUUACAGUUGGUGUGUAAUGAGAUCCACCAGAUCAAAGCCAACACUCUCAAAAAUCCAGUUAACUUAUAUUUAAUAUGCCUCUACAUCAGCCCCCAUCAAAGUCUCCCGAUGACAGGAACAGUAUGGGGUUUGAUGACAGAAUAAAGCUUGCUCCACACCAUCCCCAUCAAACACUUCCAUGACAAGGGAUAACAUGAAGUUACUAGAUAGAGUAAAACUUUAUGUAAGGCAACACCACCACCCACAAGUUCCCCUCCAAGCCACUCACCAUCCUGACUUUCAAAUAUAUCCCUUUCCUUUAGUGUCACGUUCAAAAUCCUGCAACUCCCUUUCUAAUGACAUUGUGGGUCAAUCUACAACACAUGGGCUGCUGUGGUUCAAGGGGAAGCUCACCACCAUAGUCUCAAGGGCAACUAGGGUCAGGUAACGACUGCUGGUCAGUCAAGGAGACUGAGGUCCACAAGUGAAUUAUAAAAAAUAAGUAAAAUCUCCCAACAAUGUUCCUCAGUCUCAUGUGGUAUUGCACCCAGAUUGUGAAACCAACAUAUCUUGGACCUUUUUUUAUGAUUUGGAGGAGCUGGUGUUGGACUGGGGUGUACAAAGUUAAAAAUCACACAAACCUGGUUAUAGUCCAACAGGUUUAGUUGGAAGCACUAGCUUUUGGAGCGCUGCUCCUUCAUCAGGUGGUUGUGGAGUAUAAGAUCAUAAGACACAAUUUAUAAUAAACGUUUACAGUGUGAUGCAACUGAAAUUAUAUAUUGAAAAAGACCUGGAUUGUUUGUUGGUUCUGUUCUUUCAUAUGUAAAUCCCAGAAAUUUUAAAAAAAAGUUACAUUCUCAAGUGAACUUUAACAAUAGGUGCCAUGUCAGCCCAGAUAAUGCAUUGAAGGUGUGAGGUACCCUGUGUGGGGCAGUCUGUGCCCCAAUGUUCAGACUGAUUCUCAUCUAAAAAAAGAGAUUUACAGAAUCUUACAUGGAUCCAUGCAGUUUUUGAGCAAAAUAAAAUGUAAUUCUGCAAGUACAAAUUCACCCCUCAAACUUAUAUAUGUGUGCGUGCAUGUGUGGUAGGGUAUGAGUGGAUGUGAGAGAGUGUGUAUAUCUGUAUGGGUGUGAAUGUAAAGAAGUAUUAAGUCUGUGAGUGGGUGUGUGCGUGGGUGUAACUGAGUGUGGGCAUGUGAGUGUAAGUGAGAGAGUCUGCAUGAGUGUAUGGGUCUGUGUGUGUGAGAGAGAGAGAGAGAGAGAGAGGGAGAGAAUGCGUGUGUUGCAUUGGGUGACAUGAACCCAAGGUCCCGGUUGAGGCUAUCCCCAUGGGUAUCGAACUUAGCUGUCAGCCUCUGCUCGGCCACUUCGUGUUGCUGCCUGUCCCGAAGUCUGGCUUGGAGGAUGGUCACCCAAAGGUCCGAGGUUGCUGAAGUGUUCUCCAACUGAGAGGGGACACUCCUGUCUGUUGUGCAUUGUCCAUUCAUCCAUUGCCAUAACCUCUGCUUGGUCUCACUGAUGUACCAUGCCUCAGGGCAUCCUUGCCUGCAGCGUAAGAGAUUAGAUUCCCUACAGUGUGGAAACAGGCCCCCCAGCCCAACAAGUCCACACCGACCCUCCAAAGAGCAACCCACCCAAACCCAUUUCCCUCUGACUAAUGCAUCUAACACUAUGGGCAAUUUAGCAUGGCCAAUUCACCUAUCUGGCAUAUCUUUGGACAGUGCGAGGAAACCGGAGCACCUGGAGGAAACCCAUACAGACAUGGCAAGAAUGUGCAAACUUCACACAGAUAGUCACCCAAGACUGGAAUCGAACCUAGGUCCCUGGCACUGUGCGGCA